CCGUAAUUCCAAAUUAUUGGAGAGGAGAGGAGAGGGCAGAGAAGCCAGCCAAACAACGUAAGGCAACGUUUUACGUCAAGGGGGCCGCCGUGUGCGCAUCAGUGUCCCGGAAGACCUACAGCUACAAGUCCAGGAUUGAUGGGGAAGGAAAACCAAGUGUCAGUUAUGGAAAUAGACGAUAAAAAAUCAAGCUCUCCUGAUCAGAUCAACAACCCCAAGUUUUCAAUCAAUGUGUUGCAGCUCUUGAAAUCAUCUCAGAUGCAGCAUGGAUUACGUUUUGGGGAUUACACUCGCUACCGGAGAUAUUGUACUGCCCGAUUGCGGAGGUUGUAUAAAUCAUUGAAGUUUACACAUGGGCGUGGUAAAUACAACAAAAAAGCAAUAACCCCAACUACUGUCACCGAAGUGAGAUUUCUCCAUUUGGUUCUUUAUACGGCCGAAAGAGCUUGGAGUCAUGCCAUGGAAAAAAGGCAGCUGCCAGAUGGUCCAAAUGCACGCCAACGCAGCUACCUGAUUGGUAGGCUGAGGAAGGCAGUAAAAUGGUCUACACUUUUUGCAGAAUUGUGCGCCAUCAAAGGAGAUACCAGAACAUCUUUAGAAGCUGAGGCCUAUGCCUCUUACAUGAAAGGGAAUUUGUUGUUUGAACUAGAUCAGAAUUGGGACAUUGCAUUGAAGAGUUUCAAGAGUGCCAGGGCUGUUUAUGAGGAACUCGGAAAAUAUGGAGACCUAGAGAAUCAAGUUUUGUGCCGUGAGCGUGUUGAGGAAUUGGAACCAAAUAUAAGGUACUGCCUACACAAAAUUGGCGAGUCAAAUUUACAGACUUCUGAUCUUAUAAACAUGGGUGAAAUGGAAGGGCCUGCACUAGACCUUUUUAAAGCUAAACUGGAGGCUGUUAUGGCUGAGGCAAGAUCUCAACAGGCUGCAUCUAUGACGGAAUUUUUUUGGCUUGGUCAUAGAUUUCCAAUUUCUAAUGCGAAGACACGGGUUUUCAUAUUGAAAGCUCAGGAAUUGGAGAAAGAUCUACACGGUCCAAUGGCAGAAUCUCUCCCAGCUGAGAAAAGGGUUGUCACCUUUGACAAAAUUUUCGCAGCAUAUCAUGAAGCCAGGAGCUGCAUCCGUAAUGAUUUGGUUACUGCAGGUAAUUCUGAAAACAUGAAAGAAGAUCUAAGCGGCCUUUAUAAAGCUAUUGAUGCCGUCUUAAUUCAACGAACCAUUGAGCGGAACGAGUUGUUGGUGAACGUAGCAAAAAAUAAACUUACUAAGUUUCGUGAUGACAAAAAUGAGAAAGUCACCAAGCCUGAAGAGCUUGUUCGGUUAUUUGAUCAGUUAUUACAGAAUACGGCUGAUCUUUCUGAUUUAGUUCAUUCUGGGAGAGAUAGAACACCUGAAGAAGUUGCAUUUGUUGAAGAAUGUGCUCUUAGAAGUUUGGUUUUCCGAGCAGAAAGAUGCUUUUACUUGGCUAAAUCCUACAGUUUGGCUGGAAAGAGGACAGAAUCAUAUGCAUUAUACCGCCGUGCUUGCUCUCUUGCUGAUACUGCCCUCAAACAACUUCAAAGUCCGAGUAGCGCUAAUCAGGUAAUGGUCAAGGAGAUGAAGACGUUAUAUGACGACUGUAGAUCCAACAGUUGUAUAGAGCAUGCAACAGGAAUUAUGGAGGAGGAGAAGGCUCAGGAGAAUCUCUCGGAAAAAGUCUCUGCUGUAUCAUUAACUGGAUCUGAUAAGAAGGUGGAGAAAUUCCUUCUCGAGAGAUUGGAUACUUACGAAUCCACAGUUGGCGAUUCCAACACGAAAGGAGUUCCCCAUAUCGAAGCCUUCCCACCAGCCUUCCGAGCAAUUCCCCGCAAUCCAAUUGUUCUGGAUCUUGCCUAUAAUUCAAUUGAGUUCCCAUCACUGGAAAGCAGAAUGAAGAAAGACAAAAAGAGUUUCAUAAGUAGGCUUUGGGGAUGAGAAGCUACAUAGGUUGUCUGGGAUUAUCUUAUCAGUUUUCACUUCCAUACUGAUUUGAGCAAAUUUUGUAAGUUCUAAUUUAUUGAUAGCCAUUUGAUGAUGAAUUCAGAAUCCUGCUAUCAACUUUUGGGAUGCUUAAUAGGACAAAUUCAGGGACGCAGUUUGAAUGACCAUUUUUAUGAACCAAGUUUUAUAAUUCUUUAA